AUGAUUAGUGCCACAGAGGACGAGCCACUCCACGUGCUUGAUUUACCCCAAGUCUACGAAUCGCCCUCGGGCACGGAUCUUAUAAAGGCAUUAGCUCUAUUGACCUUGCAGCCUCGCAACUUUGGAGCCAGCGCUGAGGCAGUGAAAGGCCCUGCUGUGCAUCCGACAGGGGUCAAUCGCUACCUCACCCAGAUCAUUUCCAGUCCGCUAUCAUGGCUGCAAACCGAUGAGCUGCGAGAGGCUGUUUGGGAUGCUGCUGCUGCUCGGUUGAGCGAGCGGUCUGGUCGUACCGCUAUGCCGGCCAUGUCGCGAGUCUUCGAUGUUCCCACAGGCUCUGUCGAAGACUACACCCUCACCUUACACGAACCAUCCCUUACAGCAGACAACCUGGGCAUGAAGACGUGGGUAUCCUCGUAUCUGCUCUCACGCCGACUGCACAACCUCCUCGAUUCGGCGCCAAAGCUUGUGCCCUCAGCUCCAACCGAUAUUUCAAUCACAUCAAACAAGCUGCGAGCCCUUGAACUGGGUUCAGGCACAGGACUCGUUGGUCUCGCAUUUGCAGCUCUCCGCGGCAAAUCAGCCACAAUCCACCUGACCGAUUUACCAGAAAUUGUACCGAACCUGGCGCACAACGCUGCCUUGAAUAUCGAGCUUAUGAACAGAACCGAAGCGACAGUGACAACAGGCGUCCUGGAUUGGUCCGAGGUUCCAGAGCCGCAACCAACAGCCGAAGAACGAUUCGACGUGAUUCUAGCCGCAGACCCGUUGUAUUCACCAAAACACCCUGGCUGGUUGGCACAGACAAUUGGGGCCUGGCUUAGUCGUGGUCUUGAUGCUCGUGUCUUGACUGAGAUGCCAUUGCGCGAUGCGUAUCUGCCCCAGGUCCAAGAACUUCGCGACCGGAUGGCACAGCUGGGUCUUGGCGUGAUCGAAGAAGGCGAGGAGGUUGGUUAUGACGACUGGCAGGGUGCCGAUGGAGAUGCGUUGGCUGUCAAGUGCUGGUGGGCGGUUUGGGGAUGGAGCGAGAAGGUAUAA